CCGGGACUACAACUCCCAAAGGUCCCACAGUGCCCGGGACUACAACUCCCACAGUGCUCGCGGGUGCUUAUCGGUUCGCGGCGAAAGGCCUGGAAAGGACCCGGGCUGUAUCGGCGGCCUCAGCCGCGGGCCCGCUCUGCCCGGUGAGCGCUGCGGGCGGACGCGGUUCCGUGAGGGGAUCCUGAGGGAGCCGGGCCGGCGCGUCUCGCAGCGCGGACUGCGGCGUUGAUGUGCGCUUUCUGCCCCGCAGMAGGAAAUGGCAGCGCUCGGCAGAUCCUGCCAGGGCAUCCCGGCGGGCYCGGCCGUGGAGCUCCCCACGGCUCCGGCCGCUGCCCCGGACCGCCUCGGCCCGCAGCCCUUAGCCGGCGGCCACGGCCGUCUCCAGCCACCCGCCAUGGUCGUGCCAGGGAUCGCAAACGACGGCGUCGGCGCAUCCUCCGGCCUCUGUUUGCAGAGCAGCUUCGACCUGGCCUCSCUGGCCGCGCUCGGGAGCCACAACSAGGGGCUGACGGUGGCCCCGGUGAGCUCCUUCACCAGGAGCCGCAGCCGUGUCUCUGUGCGAUGUGGAAAGAAGCAUAAGCUAGAAGAAGAGGCAGAAGGCUGUCCUGUGCGGAAGAAGAGACUGACAGGAGCCAAAAAUUGCCCUUUGAAUCCCAACACUGAAGAAUGGAUUCUYUGUGCAGGUCAGCAGGCAGCUGGGGAGGUAGCAAGUCAGUAUGGUGGCAGCGGUCCUGAAACUGCCAUGUUAGAAAUUCCCUGUGAAGAAAUGGAUCAGACAAUGGGGGAACAGCAAUGCGAGGUUGCUCGCAGGAAGCUUCAGGAAAUUGAGGACAGGAUAAUUGAUGAAGAUGAGGAAGUUCAUGCUGAUGGAAAUGUUAGCAAUCUGCCCACUCUUAUCCUGUCAGAUACCCUUAAGAAAGGGAUGAAGAGGGAUUUUGGUGAAGUCCUGACAAAGAAAAUAAUAGAGUCUAUGAGCCGUCCUUCUAUGGAACUGGUGCUUUGGAAACCUCUUCCUGAAUUUAUGACAGAUAAACUGAAGUCUGUUUCUGUUAAGAACUUCAAGCAGCAGAGCACAGAAGGGUGUCAAGCUAAGCAGCCAACACCAAGAGGUCCUUUUGACCCACAGACUGAAACGUUUCCUGGAUCACAACAGACUGCCAUGUCUCCAGAUCCAUAUGCUAGUUUGGCAAUAUCUGGAUGUGCAGAAGAAGAAAUGGAGUUGUAGAUGCCAGAUUUUAGACUGGAAGUGGUGAGCUUCUGAUGCUUAUUGUUGGUGGGUUUUGAUUAUUUUUUUCUGGUUUGAUGUGUGAAUCUGAAGUUUUAUUAUUUGUUUUUUGUUUCCUUACUAACAAGGACAUGGUUUGGCCAGGAAACACCCUAAGAUUUCUGUAUUCCACUCUGUUAAAUAUUCUUACUUUUACUGAAAAGGUAAUUCAGAGGCCUUUGGAACAGGGAAGUAGCUUUCCAUCUUGCUUAAUGGUGAAAUAUCCUCUUAAUUGCCCUUGGUAAAGUAUAAAAUCCAAAUACUGAAUGUAAUUGUGGCUUAAGCCACACCUUUCUCUUACUGAGCCAUUAAGACUGGUGCACAUACCAUGCUUGGCCAUUUAGUUUAAUUUGAUUUACAAAAGGGUAUGUAAAGCAAGAAAUACCUUCAAAUCUAGGCACAGAUAGAAAAGCAAUCCCUCUGGUAAUACAGCUUUUCACACCAUCUUAUGUGUUUGGACUCAAAUGUAGAAAUUAUACAAUCUGUGGGGUGGUAGGGAAGGAAUGUUACAGCUAAGCGUAAGUCUUUCGCUUUGUAGAAAGUAAAGCCAGCGCUUAGAACUUGCAGGAUAACUGCUAACUUCAGUCAUCUUUGGUUCAUUGGCUUCUAAAUUUUAUUUGUGGCUUUUUGAUGUCACCCUCCCCAAAUAAUGCAAAGUCUGGGGAAGAGUGGUUCUCAGCAAAGAGAUUCACAUUUUACAUUGUGCUGAGAUUCUUUGCAUGCACGGAGUUGGAAAGUCAGUUGAAGACAGUGUAACUUGAUUAAAUGAAUGGCAUCCUUUAAUUUGGAUAAACAUAAUAAGUAAAUCAGAUAACAGGGAGCUGCUUGCUGCCAUGAAGAGGGUCAAAUGCUUGAUUGUCUGUUACUGAGUCCCAGCUUUUGAGACUGCUGGUGUUAGUGGUGAAGUAAAGGAGRUGCCUGUCUUCUUCCUGAGAGAAUCUAGACUUAAAUUUUAAGCCACAGUAUGUGCCAAUAAUAUAGCGUUCCAUUGUUUAUACAAAUGUAUGCCAAAASAAUKUUUUACCCUGCUCAGGGUGCCAAGRAAAGGAACCCACAAUGAGCUAUUGCUUGUACCUUUUCUCAAUGCACAGUGGUUCCUUKUGUUUAAAGUUCUCUUGCUUGUUUAUCUUUUGUUCUUAAGUCCUUGAGCUUUCUCAGAGAUGCCUCAUGAAUCGAGGCUUUUCAUAAGAAAUUCUUGUCCAAGAAUAGGUUGUGUUCAGAGACCUAYGUCCCAAUCUGGUUUUGAUGCCUUGCUAACAUAAAGGAGCAAGUACACAGUCAUGCACCUGCUCACACAAGAAAAUCUACUUUUCCUUCACACAGCUGAUAGAUAAUCUUUGUGAUGAUAUUCUUUACUGUUGAACAACACAUAGCUGAGAGUUAAAAAGUUUAAAAUCAARCUUCUCUUUUUGCAGUUAUAUUUCCUUUUGGUUGUUCAGAAGAUACCCCUAUUUGUUAAGCCCUGUUUGUCUUGCUGCUUUUGUUGAAAGUUUGUCUGAAAUUUUGUUGAAAGUUUCUUGAUAAAACAUUUCAGAGCUUCAUUAAAAAACACUCCAACAUUUGAUUAGGUAUUACUCUGAAAACCAGUAUAAACCUGUAGCAUUCUGGAAAGUUGAUUAAGCUGAAGAACAUGUGCAGCCUAUCUUGCUAWAAUGUCUAGUUUCAUUUCAGGGUCUUCUAUAAAUUUCUUGCAUGAACUGUGUAAAAUUUCUUACRUAUUAUUAAGCUGCUGAACGUGCUUAAAACCUACAGCCUUUGAUGUGCUCCACUGCUUGAGCAGAACGUAAAGCAACGCAGUUUGGAAAAGGCUGUAGUCACUGCAGGUAGAAAAUGUGGUGCCUCCAAGYAACUGGUUUUCAGCUUGCAGGAUUAUAGUGAAAGGUCAAGGUUGGAAAUAUUUUAGAUGAAAGCUCUAAAUGCUAAAUAAACUGACAAGAAAGGAUGAAAAUUUUAAAAAUGUGAUGAAACCAUCUCAGCAACACUAAAAUUGCAACAGAAGGUGUAAAAAAUGGUAGGAGGCCUAAAUACAUCAAAUGAUGCAGUUGUUUUCCUAAAGAGUUGUUUUCUUAAAACUACCAAAUUGCCUAUCAGAKCUGYAGAAUAAGAAAUUGUAGAUGGCUUUUAAGCAUACUUUUUUCCUGCUAAGUUUGUACCAAAGGUUGGCUUUCAGAUGUGUCUUUUUUGUCUUACUUCAAUGCCAGUAGGGCAUCACUGACCUCUUACCUGUCAUCUAAAACAAGAAUAUAGUGGUGGACUAUUGACAGAGACCAUGAGAUGAAGAAAAAAAUUGUCUUAAGAAUUUUGCGUUGACAGAAAGUUAUUUGCAUUCAUUUUUUCACAAUACAUUUCUGCCCUUGUGAUAGGAGACAGAGGGCUUGAGUUGCUUUAAUUGAUAGAAGAGUGGUCUAAAGUGUGAACCAAGUGUCAGGAGGUCUGAGCAAGAUCCUUGCUACAUCAAUCACUUGGAGAGGGUGAUUGGAUGAGAUCAAGCUGUGGGUGUUUUAGAGACUUCUGUAUUUGUGAGUUUUAUUUGUUGUUGUCUUCAUUAAGACUUUCAUCAAUGCUGUUCACAAACAGGAUGGCAAAUGCAAUGCAGUAUUAGGAAAAACCUUAUUUUGAAAUACAGAAGAUCUGAUUCUGGUCUGCCUUCUCUUGGGACCAAAUCACCCUUUGUAUGUCAGUUUUCAAUAAAUUUUCUAAAAUAUUUUUUAGAUGACUGUUUCGUUCCUGAUAAAAGUGAAAACCUUGGGAGCCCAUGUCCACUCCUYCAACUGAACAGUACUCUCCUGGCUUAAGAAUAUUUGAAUUUAACUGUUAUUUUAGGGGCAUGCUCCUUUUUUCCUCAACAGUAUUCAGCAGGUCAAGGGAAGGCAACAGCAUGGUAGAAUAACCUGAAACUGCUUGAAAGGAGGAGUUAUUUUAAGUCUGUCACAAUCCAACAGCCUCUGACAAUGCAAUAAGGGUACCAAGAGGUGUUGCUAUAGUUUGUGUUUUCACAUCUUUCACUUCAGAAUUAAACUAUUCACAACUAAGCAAGUUACGAAAGUUUGAGGAGUUUUAAAACAAAUUCAGAUUUUAAUAAAUUUGUUAAAAUGUAACACUUUGCUGUUUUACCAUCUUCUUCAAGAGAUGGUUCAAGAGUUUUUUAAACAGCUGAAGGAAAAAAAAUGGGUGUGUGCUAGACUAGUAUUGCCACUGCAUUUAGGCUGACAGAAAAAUAGCAUUUCAGAUUUUUAUUUUAAAAAUAACAAAAAGCCCCUAUGUUUUCUAGGCAGGGUGAAACAUUGACUCACUUGGAUUUUCAAUCUAAAUUUGUAUAGUGCACAGCUGUACUCUUUACUUCUUUCCACUAUUCAGAUAGAAUGCUUUAUUACAAGCUAGGCUGCUCAAGCUUUUAAUCCAAAGCAGUCCUGUCACCUUGAAUGUUAGUGACCAAAACAUCUUUCCUUCCUCCCCGCCCCAAGUUAUUUUUGUCAAAAUUGAAUGCAAAACAUUAAAUAGUACCAAAACCAACAGCUGUGCAAACACCUGCAACAGCUCUCUUAUUUUCAGUAUAAAAUUUCAGUUUCUUCUCGCCCUCUCAGUGUUUUUAUAUUGUGAUACAGGAGCAAAUGGACGUGUACAAUGAGGAGUCCUGCUGUGGUAUUUGAAAUUAGCUCCUGACAAGUUCAUUUCAUACUUCAGGAUUUCCUGUGUCAAAACAGAAUCUGCAACAUUUUUCACACCGUGUCUCUCCCACACCCACCUCCCCUCAGACUGAGUUURGAUAGCAUUACUGGCCACCAGGGUGACACCACUACCAUGGUGAAUUUUUGRAUAGUCAGACUUCAGACUUCAAGCUCCUACCAGCUGCCUGCCUUAUAGAGGCUGAAGGUUUUGCUCGAGUAGCUCUUCAUGGCCCUCACACAAACCCCUCUACCACAUCCAGUGUCCCCAAAAGGAAACAGCUGAAACAUCCAGCUGCAGACACCCUAUGAGCACAGAUCAUCAAUGAAUUGUGGCAGGAUGAGACACCGAGGGACUUAAAUUCUGCAAGGCCCACAUACUCUCCCCUCCCCACUGAGUUCUAAAGCAAAAAAGGAUCAGUGAGCUGCACUGCAUUUUAAUUGCACCAAUACAGUUAAAUAUUAAAUGGAGAAAGCAACUCUACAUAGCAAAUGGAAAACAAGCAUUUAGUAAAGCUUUAAGACUUAGAGACUAUAAAGGUUUAGUCCAGGUGUCUAUUCAUGAAUAUCCCACUGAAGUUUUUGAUGGUAAAAUUUUAAC